CAGGUGUGUCUGUCAGGUUGCGAGGACCAUCAAGUUCAAAUGGAACUGGUCGUGUGGAAAUACUCUAUAAUGGACGAUGGGGAACAAUCUGUCAUUAUAGUUGGGAUAUAAAUGAUGCUAACGUUGUUUGUCGUCAACUUGGUUAUAAGAACGCUCUUAGAGCUCUUCGGGGAUACCAAGUUCCUGAUGGUACUGGACAAAUAUGGUUAAAUUAUGUCAGAUGUACUGGAAAAGAAGAAAAUUUAAUCAGUUGCUCUCAUAAUGGUUGGGGAAAUACUUAUUGCAACCAUUAUCAGGACGCAGGAGUAGAAUGUUCUUUAACAGGUAAAAUAUUUUAUAGUAUUGUUUUUAACCAUUCGAAUGAAAUGUGGAUACUCAAGCGCCGCCUGCAUACUAGUAAGAAGAUCAUUAGUACUAUUUAAAACACGAGUAGGAGUGUUUACUGUUUGAUCAGAUAUAAUACGCGAGUCGCAACCGAGCGUUUUAUGUCUGAAAAAACAAGCGAACGAGUGUUUUGAAUAGCUUAAAAUAGGAUAACAAAAGAAUACUAAUUAGGAUGAACCAUUAUAUAAUCUUACUAAUUAGGAUGAACAAUUAUAUAAUGCCACAUGCUUUAUCAGAUAAAGUCACUCCACGUGACAUAUUAUGCAUGGCUCAUGGCUAACAUGAUUUGCCACAUGGUGUAUGAAUUAUUAAUGAGUAUUUUAAUUCUAUAUAAACGUUGAUAGUACACUCGGGCAGAAAAUAUAAUAUAGCCAGCCAGCCAGAUUUAUAAUAAGCAAUAAUAAGCAACUUUUUGCUAAUUUAAUUGGAUAGUCUAUUUAUUUCACAGUUAAAAUAAAGUUAUUUCAUUUUUCCAAUCAAUAUUACUGGUGAGACCAGUAAUGCUAAUUAUAUUCAUGGUGGUAUUCCGACUAAUUAUACUACAGUAAUUGCAUUUUGUUCUCCUAAUCAUGGCGAAACCUUACUUUUAUAAUUUCAAAUAAGAUGCUAAAAAUAGUGUUUCAGAAAUCCAAGAAUCGAGAAUUUUCUGCCAUUCAUAACAUAAACUUUUUCCAGCCUGAAGAACCCCGUGUUAAAAUUUUACGACUAGACUAAUUUUUAUGAUAGAACCAUCGUCUGAGAAAUAUUUGAUAGAACCAUCGUCAGAAGUAUAGUAGAAUAGUUAACUUAUUGCAAUUUUCAAAAAUGUUUCAAAUGAGUGUUACAGACUUAAUUGUUUCUGUGUAUGAUUGCUCAAUAUAGAUGUGGAUGAAUGUGCCCGAGGAUUGGACAACUGUGGUAGUAAUUCGCAAUGUAUUAACACUGAUGGGAGUUUUGUCUGCAGAUGUAACUAUGGUUAUACCGGAAAUGGAGUAUAUUGUUAUGGUGAGUACUGUAGUUCCUUGGCAUAUUCUUAGACUGUAAUUCGUUUAUACAAGUUUUCCUUUUUUUAUUUUCUAUAUUAUCAAAGUAACGGUUUGAUCUAAUUGAUGAUUUUUCCUAUUUUUAAACUGUUGGGAAAAAUUGUGAUCUGCCAUUCGCUUACUACUAUACUGAAAAAGUCAUUCGUGAAUUUUUUUAUCCUUAGACAUCAAUGAAUGUUCCCUGUCGAUUGACAAUUGUCAUUCCAACGCUUCUUGCAGCAACAUUGGUGGAUCAUUUUUCUGCACUUGUGAGAGUGGAUAUACUGGAAAUGGAACUUUUUGCCAAGGUAAAUAGCCAAUGGCCAUAUUUAACGUCAAUUCGACCGAAAUCAUCGAGUAAAAAAGAAACGUUGACAACAUAAAUGAUACUGCAAGGCAAUGAAAGUAUAUUAAUUAUGUUUGUAACAAUUUAAUGCAAUUUAUUUGUCAUAAAUCUUUAGAAAUAGAUGAAUGUUCUCUUUCUGUUGACGACUGCCACCCAAAUUCAAACUGCACCAAUAUUGAUGGAUCCUUUCUGUGCAUUUGUGAUGAAGAAUUUUCAGGAAACGAAACUCUUUGCCAAGGUAAACAUAAAAGGUCAUCAUGGCACCUAAGAAAAACAAAAUUUUAGUCGCGUUUCUUGAAAAUCGUAAUACACACAUACAUAUAAAAAAUAUUUAAAGGACAUUGACAACCAAAAUUUCUGUUAGGCCUACUUAUCUAUUAGGUAUACUUACGGAAUAUUUAAUUUCAUAUUUUUGUCGAUUUCUCGCGUUUAGUUGUUGAGAAAAAUUAAUUAAUAAUAUCUCUUUCUCGACAGGCCGGUUUCGUAUUACAUUUCGAUUCAAUUUUUCUAAUAUAAAUAUUUCGGCGAGUAUUUACCCCCCUUUUAAAUAAAUGCCACCAUUGAAAUCCUCACAAUAUAACCUUUCGAACGGGGGGUCAAGUGCCGUCAAAACAUUACACAAACCGAAACAAUCAUAUAUUUAUACUCACCGCUUCGCCAAACAUUCAAACGAGAAAAAAAGAAAAAGUUGAAUAUAUUCUAAACUUUGGUGUCAUUUUCUGAAAGGAUAUAUGUGUAAAAUACUCUUUGUAUUCAAGCGCUUUCGUGUAGAAAGUUUCGUAUGAAUACGGCGAGUAGAAAUAUUUAUUUUGAAUUUUUCAAGUAUCGGGUUUUACUCGCACGCACUUGUAUUACGUAAUACUUGGCCAAUAAGGAGCUCCCUUUAGCCGGGAUGACGUCAAACUCACGCGUAUGGAUGCACUUUGAUCUGUAGAAUCCAUUUCUGGCAUUUCCAGAGUCACGCGAUACUUUUUCGUCGUAUUUCCGGUUGGGAUUAACGCAUAUUCGGAGCAGAAAUACAAAAUUCGGCACUAAAUGUCGAACUUUAAAGUUAAGAAGCUUGAAAAUAACACUAUACGUGUUAUUUUUAACUGCUUCAUACAGCAAGAUUAUCAGAAUGAGCGUACGUCUCAAUGGGACGAAGUUAUAUUCGGCGAAAGGUAUGUUUAUGUUUAUAAUUUGUCAGUAAUAUUGCGUAAUUUGAUCAUAUACGAGCUCGUUUGAAUUUCAAAGCUCAUAAAUCGCUAUAAUGUUGCCAUUCACUAAAUCUAUCGAUAGGAAUGAGUAGCUAUCGUUACACUGAAUCGAAUGGUGGUAUUUUGGUCCACGUAGCAUUUACCGAACUGAAGAUAUGAACCGCAAAAAUGAUAAAUCAUGAGUGAUUUGUUCAAUUGGGACCUGUCGAGAAAGAGUUUUUAAUAGACCUGAGUAAAGCCUUUGAUAGCAUUUGCCUUGAAAGACUACUCCAAAAGCUCCAAAAUGUAGGCGCUUCUUCCUCUAGCGUUGAUUGGUUUCAGAGUUAUCUAUCCGAUAGAUAUCAAGUCACACGCAUUGGUCAAUCUACAUCAAGUCCUUUAUUGGUGAAACAUGGAGUCCCACAAGGCUCCAUCUUGGGUCCACUGCUGUUUACAAUAUACAUGAACGAUUUACCCAAAGUUGUUUCGAAUUGUGACGUAGAAUCAUAUGUUGACGACACAAAGACGUUUAUAUCAUUUUCCUUAUCAGAAGCAAACCUUGGCCUGUUAAGCCUUUCCCAAGAUCUUAGAAAUAUAGCAGAAUGGUGUUGUUCUAAUAAGCUUCUAAUAAAUCCCUUGAAGACAGAGUUUAUGAUAUUUGGAAUGGAGAAAUCGAUAAAGAACCUGCCAAACUUAUCAAUUCCUUUUCUAGGAAAAAUAUUAACACCUGUCACAGUUUGUAAAGACCUUGGUCUCACUUUAGAUGCCACUCUGACAUUUGACGAUCAUAUCAAUUCAUUGACGUCGACCCUAACAUCAAGUCUGUGUCAAAUCAACAGAGUUCGACACUUGUUCAACAAGAAUGCCUUGUUGGUCAUGAUAAACUGCAUAGUAUUUAGCAAACUUUAUUAUUGCUCCACGGUUUGGUCUGGCACCACCCAAAAGAACGUUAAGAAACUACAACAAGUACAGAACUUUGCAGCACGAAUCGUAACCGGAACUAGAACGUAUGAUCACAUCACCCCGGCUUUAGAUAAGCUGGGAUGGUUGUCAGUUAACGACUCUCUAUUGUACCGUAAUGCUAUUAUGAUGUAUAAAAUAGUUCAUGGUCUUGCACCUGCCUACCUUAGUUCGAAGCUAGUAAUCCGUUCGCAAGUUCAUAAUCACUUUACUAGGCAGACAAAUGACUUAAACAUAUUACGAUGUAGAACAUCUAAAGCUAAGCGAUCCUUUUUUAAUCAUGCAGCACUGCUGUGGAACUCAUUUGAUCUUUCGACUCGAAACAUUUCAACUCUAGGAGGAUUUAAGAAGGCCGUACGAACAGAGUUAAUCAAUAGACAGAAUUAA